UUAUUUUGUAAACCAGAAGCUUCAGGUUUGACGCAUCCCCAUCCCUUCUAUUAUUCACAACUUCAGUCAUCACUCCUUGACCUCUCCUGUAGUAGGUAGCGUCUUACGGAAACCAUGAGUUUGGCAGGCGAGUGGGAGGCUGCUCGGGACGCCGCCUGUGUUAGCUCCGGUGGAAGGAGCCCCGAGAGCUUCCUGGUUGUUGCCUUCUCCUCAACGUACUUGGGCUGCCGGUCGCCGCCAGAGCUGGCCCUGUAAGGGGGCUACGCAGGGAGAGGUGACGGAUGGCGGACAUCGAUACCCCAAACGGGCGGGCUCUCACCGAGUUUGCAGAAGAUUUAUUACAGGAACUUCAGGUACACUUUCAAGCUCUGACUGAGACAAUAACUCUCAAAAUGGAAGAAAUGGGGAAUCGGAUUGAUGACUUACAGAACAACGUAACUGAUCUCAUGGUAGAAGCAGGGAUCCAAAAUACAAACAAAGAACAAAUGACUUGAAUUACUGUAAUGUUAAAAGAUGCAAAGUGCAUUCUUUAUGGAUAAAGAUUCUGCUGCACAGAAGCAACUGUUCCUGCAAGAGAAAUCUUGUCAAAACAGUUUGAAAAUUUAAUCAUAUGAUAUGAUAAAUAAUAUUACUAUUUUAAAUGUAUGUUUGUUUCAGUGACUAAUUAGAUUUGUUUGUAGAAAUUCAGUUCUUAAAUUACUUUUAAGACUGAUAAGAAUGUUUAUAAAAAUGUCUUUCAGGGAGCACUUUUAUCAAUUCAUAAAUAUUUUCAUCAAAGAUGAUAAUAGCUAAAUUCACAUCAAAGAUGAUAAUAGCUGAAAUAAUGCUUAAAAAUGUGCAAAUGCUUUUGAUAUGUAUGAUCGCAUUUGUUCCUCAUCACAAUCCUUCGAGGGAGGUACUGCAGGUAUAAUUAUACCUAUUUUACAAAUGAGGAAACUGAAGGAAAACUCUAAGCCAUUAUUACAUAUGGACCCUUGGCCUUCAGAAAAGAAGUCAUUAUCCUUAAAUGAGAUACCCAGUCAGUCUCUUAAAAAUGGAUGUUCAUUUUCUAUUGUAUGGUAUAACAAUCUUUACCUUUGGUUUAAUACUCAUGAUAGUUCAGUGCUAAUCUUCUGGGGGGGUGGGGGGAGAAAUCUUGAAGAAUCUGAGUCAUAAUUUACCAAUUUACCAUGGCUAAAAUGCCCAAAAGCUUCAAAGAAUCAACUGAACAAGUGAAAUAGCACUUAAUGGUCUAUCUACUGAUUCUGAAACAUACUAAUACAUUGUUCAUCUUAGACUAUCAAAAAUACAAUGGAGUCUUUUAAAAAGAAACUGCCAAAUCAGGCCAAUCUCCUAUUAUAGGCUGACAUCCUACAUCUCUUCAUUCAUUCAUCUAAACUCAACACACCCAUUUUUAUGGGGAAUCCAGUAGGGUAAUUAUCUGAAACAAUUAUACAAUGGUACCUCCUUUUACUAAUUCUGUCUGACUUUUCUGUAGUAACUGUUUUCUCUAGUACCCUGUUAUAACAAAGAUUAUAAUAUCCUCUUAUAAGCAUGACAACAUACAUAAUGCAUAAGGUUUAAAAGUUAUUUAAGCACCCUAGAAAUUCUUAUCACCAGAUUCCCUUUAUUUAAGUAGUAAACUGCUAUAGCUGAACACAAGUUUUAAGUAUGAAAUAGUUUAUAGCACACCCAAAUAGAAUAUAUACAUUUCCACAUCUAAUAAUAUUCAUACAUUUGAAUAAAAGCAUCUUAAUUUUUCCAAAUGUGUUCAAAGAAUUUGGAUGUAAAAAAUUCUGGUCCUAUUAUAGAAAUACGUGGGGAAAUUGUUGGAAACAUCUAGAAACAAACAUCUGUGAAGUCAGUUUCUGAAAUUAUGAAAUGAAAAAGUACCCCUAGACUGUCUUGAAAACUACUUCAUUUACAUAGUAAACACCAUCUAAAAUUUCAAAGAAAUUUGCCACCAGUAUCACUGAUAAUAUCUCUUCAUAAGUAGGAGUGAGAACUGAUGCUCCCCUCCCCCUUUUCAAAUAAGGUUUAUGAAAUGAUGUAACUAUUAACAGAACUGGCCAAGAGAAAUACAGUUCCUGAAUUAAAAAAGGCUAGUUUGAUGUCCUCUACUUUAAAUCCUUAAUAGGUUAUUCCAAAAGAUAAAAAUUAACUUAGCACACACAAAGUGGGUAUGUUUCUGCUAAUUUUGGAUAACUUCAGUUAAAUGUGAAAAAGCCACACAUAAAUUUCAAAGAUCAGAUUUUUUUUUAAAUGUUAACAGUGCAGGGAAAAUAUUAUAAAUUGUAUUAAGUACUACAUUGUUGUUUCUCAGUACUUAGUGUUGCUUUAUAACUUUUUAAUGUUUAUAACAAUGCCUAUUUUCUUUGUAUUUACUUUAUAAGAAAUAAAAUUAAGUCUUCUUACACACGUCAGCAAUCAUUAUUAUCAAAGUUUAAGGACUAGCCUUUAAACACUUUACCUCAAAGCCACUUCAAGAAACACAAAGAGGGAAUUCAGGGGAUUUGCUAUCUAGAUAACCAGGAGCUUUGUUUUUCUGUUUUUCCAAUGGGUAAUUUCAACAAAGUAAAUAUACACGGACUAAAACACCAAACUAUUAUGAUGAAUCAAUUAUACCCUGACAGUAUUUUGUCACACAAUCCCAUUUUAUUUAAAAACCUCAAUGAUCUAUAAAUCAGUUUGGUCACUGUUUAAAUAUCAAGAAUCUUUACAAAGAAACUACAGUGAAAAGCAAUGGCAUAUAUAAAACAAAUGACAUCUGUAUUUGAUUUUUAUUGUGCCUAGUAUCCAUAAGCCUCAUUUGGCACUAAUUGCUUGAUAUUGUUAGCUAACUUUUUAUAAGUUAAUUCUUUGUUUCCCCAACUAGAUUGUAAGUCCUUUGAAAACUGUCAAUCACACAUACAUAUAGGAGGGGCUCAACAAAUACCUGUUAAAUAAAUUAAGAGCACCAGAUAAUGAAAGGUUAACAUCAAUUAAAGUAUAAAACAUGAUACAAUUUUCCUUUAUUCUACUAAAAUAAACAUCAGAAAUAAUUAAGUUACGCAAACCUAUUCCAUUUCCCAGUGAUAUAAGUGAAAAUGUCACUGCUAUGAAUGUACAGCAUCACAACUAUAAUACAUGCUAAUCAAAUCAAUUGGUACAGCGCUUCAUUUUGCACAAUGGAGCAAAAUAACAAACAACAAAACCUUUCUGUUAUUAGACCCCAAUUUCAACUAAAAAUAAAGGCUUAAUGUAGACUAAGGAAUAUCACUUAUAGUGACACUAUUCAAAGCUGGCUUUAAAAUGUGCUAGUUGAAUAGUUUUAGCUGGUAAUCUAAGGAAAAAUGAUUUAUUGCUGUACACUUACAAACUAGAAAGGAAAAUUUGGGAUUUCUGAUUUAGAUUUGAUACUUAGUCAAAUUUUCUCUUCUCUUUUUCAGAGAUUAGUAAAUCAUGGCAAUAGUUUCUCUAUUUGAUCAUCAAAAAAAGUGCUAUAAAGACAUCAUUUACUUGUAACUGCCAUAAAUUUAUUCCCAGCAGGAAACUUUUUCAAGUAUUGUUUCUAAUCAAAAUAAUAUGAUUCACUUAGGGUUGUUUAUAAUUAAUAGAUGCCACACAGAGAUUCUUAGAAAUGUUUAAUUCUUACUGAUGACUGGAGACAUAAAAGUGGGAACUGUUAUGAAUGGGUUAAUAUUUAGAAAAAACAUAUUAUUUGUGAUUGGAUUGCACUAAUGAAAGCUUGUGGAUUGCAGACAAUGAAAAUGAUUAUUGCUGGGAAAUGCCUGGUAAUAAAUGUCAGUGAUUUGUCAGUGAUAUGGGCAUAUGGAACAUAAACCUUUUCUUUUCAUUAAAAACACUGUCUUUGUAUAAAAAAAAAAGAAAGGAAAAGUGCUUUUUCUAUAAACUUAACUAAGUAAAGCAUUUUAUUUUUCCAAAAUGAUGUGAGGUGGUUUACAAAGCUGGCACACACAAGACAAUAAAAAUUAAAAUAGAACAGAAUUAAAACUCAAAAAGUGGUUAUGAAGAGGAGCAUCAAAACCCCCAUACCAGGCAGAGUGAAUAAUGUUUGUUAGUCACUGCGGGGGAACAAUAAAUCAGCGUGAAGCUUCUAGACAGCUAAGGCCAAAGGGGAAAAGUGUAGGGUUCUCAUUAUCAACAAUUCAAGACACUUGUAAAUACCUACUAGGUGGCAAGGCAUUCAAAACACAGACACAAAUGAAGUAGUACUUGCCUUUGAGGAACUCAUAUGUCACUAUCUGUGUACAUCAUGUACAUAAAUAAGUAAAUAUAAAGUACAUAAAGUAACACUAACAACUGCGGAAUAAGAGCAGGAAAGGCCUCAUUUAAGAGGUGGAACGUGAGCUAAAACUUGAAAGAAGCUGGGGAUUAAAUAUCUACGGAUAAAUAAAUACAGUUCAGUAAAGGAGAGAGGGGAGGAGAGUGCAGGUGGGAAGAGGUGGCUUUGUAAAGAUUUUUCAUGGAAGUGGCUACUUAGAUGAAUGUUAAAGGAAGCCUGAGAUUCUAAGAAUUUGAGGUAAGGAGGGAGUACACUCUAGACACAGGAGAAUAGAUUGUGCAAAGGUAUGGAUGGAGGUGGAAGAUGGCAUGUCAAGUUCUGAGAAAUAAUGACCAAUUUGACUGGAAUAUAUCAAAUGAAGAGGAGAAAUAAUAGAAGAUAUGAAGGAACCAGAUUGUAAAGAUCUUAAAUAUGUGGGAUUGUUUCAUUAUUUACACGUAUAACUCCAGUGCCUCAUACACUGCUUGGAACAUUGUAGGCAAUUAAUUAAAUCAUCAGCUUAGAAGUCUAACUUAUAUCCUAGAGGCAACAGAGAACUACUGAAGAUUUUUGUGUAAGAGAGACAUGAUCAGACCUUUGUUUCAGAAAUAUUAAUUUAGUAGCUGUAGGGAAAAUGGAUUAGAAAAGAGAAGAAACUUGGAAAAGGAAUCUUAUAAGUUCAAUAGGGAGAAAGAAGUUUUCUUGGUAAUAAAGUUCAACAGGAAUUCACCUCUAGGAUCCUUUCAUAAAAGGUACUGUUAUAUAAAAGACAUUAUUACCAAUUACAGUUUUGCAAGAGAUACAGUAAUACCCCUCAUAUAGACUUUUCGUAUUAGUCCUCUACCCUCUAUGAUAGCUGAGGGUUAUGUUAAAUUCUGGCAAGGGGAAAAUGUUUCUCCAGGGAGCUGUGGUAAUAUGGUCUCUGCACACAGCUUCAUAACGACCUAAUUUAUAUAGAGAUAAAUCUUUUAAAACCCCAGAGGAAAUAAUAAUGAACACAUUAGACCUUUUUCUCUAAAAUAUCAAAUGUCUCAAGUAAAAUGCUCGCAACUAACAGACAUCAGAUUGUUCAUGGUUAAAUUAUAUGACAGUUCCUUGAUGUAACAAUCAUAAAUGUUACUGAUAAAAGGAUUGAUGUUUUACACAUCUGACAAAGGAAAGUAGCAUUAACGCUGCUAUGAAAAUGCAUGACCAUAAUCUGAAUUCUUACACAGACAGAAGGCUAUUCCAUUUUCGUAGAGAAGUAGCCUAAAUUGCUGAUUUAGCCUCCACCCUUAAGCUAAUGCAAAUGUUAUUACAGGUGAGAAACAAUUAAAAUGGUAGGUCAAAUAUUUUGACAACUGGAAAAAACUGUGUUUUCUGUAAUAAUUUCAAUAUACAAAGGUUUUUGUUAAAAGUCUAAAGAUUAAAUAGAAAAUAAUUUCCAUUUGUGUUGGUCAUACUUAAAUAACUUUUUAGCUAUUAUGAAAAAAAUAUAGAACAUGAAUGUCACAUUUAGUUUUACUUAAUUACCAGUCAACUAGUUAUUUUCCAGAUUGGAAUUAGCCAACUAUCAUAUAUGCAAGGUGAUAAUGAAGUAACAGGACUUUGACUGACUUGUUCUAAACAAACAGAAGUACUUAUAUAUUCAAAUGACUACUGAUCCAAUCACUUAAAUUCAGUAAGUGUUGAGUACCUUUAUUAUAUGCCAAACAAUGUGGCCUAGGUCCUCAAGUGUGGCCCUUUGACUGAAACUAAACUUCACAGAACAAAUCUCCUUAAUAAAAGGAU